CUGCCUGUCGAAAACACAACGUCGUGCUGUCAAACCAAUUGUCAACUCGGCAACCAAAUUACUGUAAACAUUCUAGUCCUCGCAUUGAAUCUGUGAAAAUGAGUUUUUCGAGCGUUGAAGACUUGUCAGAGGCAGGAAAACUAGCCCAACGGCGAUCUGAACCAAUUGUCAAAGCCUUGCCCGAGAACCUGACCCCCGGAAGACGGAAGCUGCGCUGCUGGCUCGGCCGCUACUUUCGCGUAGUAAUCACAGACGGGCGGAUCCUGGUCGGGAUGUUCAACUGCACCGACAAGGAUGCGAACAUCGUGCUGGCCAUGUGUGCGGAGUACCUGAAGGAGGACGGCGAGCCGCGGAUCCUGGGCAACGUCAUGAUCCCGGGCAAGCACAUAGUCUCGAUCGAGGUGGACAAACGCUCCUCCGACGAGGACGACUGACACUCGAGCACAACAAACUCCUCGUGUUAGAUUUUAGACGAGUUUUACUUCACUAUUUAACUUUAAUGACUAAAUACUUCGAUAUAAAAAUUUACAAGUAAAACAACUGAAA